GAGAUUGUAAAUGCGCAGUUAGAAUGCAUUCUCUCUGGUUUUUAUUCAGGGUCUUUAGGAACAAUUCUGUACGGAAUUACAAAAUGCACUGUUAGAAAUAGCAGAGAGAUAGAGAGAGAUGGGAGAGAGGAAUUUAUUUUCAUAGCCAGAAUAAAUGUAUAACAUCACCAGGUUCAGGCAGCCUCUUUCACAGCUCAACAUCAGCAAAAGGGUUUGGGGUUUCUUCUUAAAUUAGAUGGAUGUGCAAUCCUUCAUACUCAGAGUUACUGGAUACCGUUUCACCUUUUUGUUUUUUUAUUUUUUUAUUCUGUAAUACAUUUCCACAGCAUGUUGUGUGCUCAGCUUACCCACAAUUCUCAGAGAACAGUUGGCCAUAGAAACAAACAAACAUUCUAGAACUUCAUCAUCAAUUAUGUCAUGCUUUUAUAUAUAUAUUUAUAUUUAUAUUUUUUUCCUCUUGGUGCUCUUUUUUUUUUGGCCUUUUCUCUUUUUUAAAAAUAGAAGAAACAUGAACACAUUGCUCAUAAAAACAUCUAUCUAUAUUUAUAUAUUUAGUUUUUACAUAUAUACUCUUUUUCUUUAUAUUCUUUUUAUAUUUUAUAAUUCCUGAAGUUGACUUGUUAACCCACGUAGUGGCAUGCACAUUGCACAUGCAAAUCAGCAAUUAAAUACCUCUCUUAAUCGUGGGCAUUUUUUGUCUCAUGAAACUUCCUCUAUGCUUCUAAAUGGUUCAGGUCAAUUGUGUAUGGAUGAAACCGUGGAAGGGUGAUUAUGGGAUGCCGAUGAGAUGGGUUUGUGGGUGUCAUGGUGACAGAGCCCUCCACUCACACCUUCACACACUCAUUUCCCCUGACACAUACGCUACUGCUGACACUUCCUGUCUCGUGAUCCACUUUCGUUCAUAGAGCCACUGAGGGAAGGGAAUUAUUCACGUGAUACUCAUUUCUCCUUAUUUCUUCUCAGAAUGUCACUCGUCCCCUGCUACAUGUUCUCUUAAAGCUGCAGUAUGUAACAUUUUUCAUGUAAUUUCCCCCUUUUUUUGCAAAUGUGUGAACGGCUUGUAGCGCAACUUAAAAAAUGAGCCCUUCCCGGACUUCCUAGGUUGCCUAUUAAAGCUUGUAGACUGAUUUUAAUUGGUUUUGCCGGGAAAAUCCAAAGGAUGUGACGUUUAUGUGCGCUCCCGAGAGCCUCGGUGCUUCUCUUCCGCUAUUCAACAGCGACAACAAACUGCAACACUAGGUAACGUUAUUUUAUAGAUGCAAUCCAGCAAACGUCCCAGCACAACACCGACUCCAACACAAACUCUGAGUCAGCCAAAUUAAUUUAAUAAAUGUAUCUACUGAAUCUUGUCUGGUUAAGCGGGAACGUGAUCGUGGUCGAGCGAAAACUAGAGUGAACAUCGGCAGGGCAUUUGAUUCCUGGAGGGACCUUCGUUAAUUUUUGGGGAUCAAAACUGACCCUGAAUUGGCAUUCUUCUUAUUGGACAGGUAAACUUACAUAACUGCAAAGCAUGUGAAAUAUAGUGUCAUAAGGAUUGAUCGGUGUCAUUUUAGCUAACUUGAUCUUGCCUGCUAACGCUGACGAAUUGCAAGCUACCUUGCUUCACUAUGGAGUGUGUGCACGAGCACGAGCAACAGCUGCAGUUCACUGAACGGCCACAGGUGUCACUAUGGAGUGUGUGCACGAGCGCGAGCAACAGGCUGCAGUUCACUGAACGGCCACAGGUGUCACUAUGGAAUGUGUGCACCAGCGCGAGCAAUAGGCCGCAGUUCACUGAACGGCCACAGGUGUCACUAUGGAGUGUGUGCACGAGCGCGAGCAACAGGCUGCAGUUCACUGAACGGCCACAGGUGUCACUAUGGAGUGUGUGCACGAGCACGAGCAACAGGCUGCAGUUCACUGAACGGCCACAAGUGUCACUAUGGAGUGUGUGCACGAGCGCGAGCAACAGCUGCAGUUCACUGAACGGCCACAGGUGUCACUAUGGAGUGUGUGCACGAGCGCGAGCAACAGGCCGCAGUUCACUGAACGGCCACAGGUGUCACUAUGGAGUGUGUGCACGAGCGCGAGCAACAGGCCGCAGUUCACUGAACGGCCACAGGUGUCACUAUGGAGUGUGUGCACGAGCGCGAGCAAUAGGCUGCAGUUCACUGAACGGCCACAGGUGUCACUAUGGAGUGUGUGCACGAGCGCGAGCAACAGGCUGCAGUUCACUGAACUGCCACAGGUGUCACUAUGGAGUGUGUGCACGAUCGCGAGCCACAGCUGUCACUAUGGAGUGUGUGCACGAGCACGAGAAUAGGCUGCAGUUCACUGAACGGCCACAGGUGUCACUAUGGAGUGUGUGCACGAGCGCGAGCAACAGGCUGCAGUUCACUGAACGGCCACAGGUGUCAUUAUGGAGUGUGUGCACGAGCGCGAGCAAUAGGCUGCAGUUCACUGAACGGCCACAGGUGUCACUAUGGAGUGUGUGCACGAGCGCGAGCAACAGGCUGCAGUUCACUGAACUGCCACAGGUGUCACUAUGGAGUGUGUGCACGAGCGCGAGCAACAGGCCGCAGUUCACUGAACGGCCACAGGUGUCACUAUGGAGUGUGUGCACGAGUGCGAGCAACAGGCCGCAGUUCACUGAACGGCCACAGGUGUGAAUCUUACAUACUGCACCUUUAAUAGAGCGAUUACCUUCUUUUCUGUCACCUGGUGCAAUCAAACGUGUAACAAGCAUGGUUCAUGUUUUAAUUAAUGGUAUUUAUUUUGUCAUUACAGAACAUAUAGUUCACCCAAAAAUAAUUAUUCUCUAAUAAUUUAUCCACCCUCAUGCCGUCUCGAACUUGUGUGACUUUCUCUAUGCUGCAAAACACAAAGAUACACAUAUAUAUAUAUAUAUAUAUUGUCCAUACAAUGCAAGUCAAUGGGGUCCAAAACUUUUAAGCUCCAAAAAGGCAGCAUGAAUAAUCCAUACAACUUUAUGUCUUCUGAAGCGAUUCGAUCAGUUUCGAGUGAGAAACUGAGAAAAAUGUACUAUGUAUUUAAAAAUAAAUUUGCCUAUUAAUUACUGUAAAUUUCGACAUCUUUAGUGCAUGAGGUUAAGUCAUGCACUAAAUAGGGAGCAAGGGAGCAUCCUAUAGCUGUCUUUGCAGUUAAGUGCGUUCACUCCUAAAAUCUGAUUAAAAGUUCAGUUUCAGGCUGCAGAUGAUGUUUGGAUCACACAACAUGUUUGACACACAUGAGACAAUGAUAGAUUUACAAUUUAUAAUGUAUCAUUUUAUUUGAACAUGUCUCUAUACAGCCAAUGAGGACGAUCUGACACAUUAGCGAUUAGCCACCAUAGCUUUUCAUGACACUCCUUGAGGAAUAUUUCCGGAUCUACACAUCAUAUAACGUUGAGUGUGGGCUUGUUUGAUUCAGAGUUGUCUACUGUAAGUUGUGACAUGCAAAUUGUUAUAUCAUGUAUAUUGUUCAUGAAGUAAUAAUCCAAAAUGUGACAAAAAUUUGGUUUAUCUGUUUAUUAUACAUCUGGAUUUCUCACGCUAAUGCUCACUGUAGUUUGGUCUCUGAGUGAAACUAAUUUCCUCGAUGUAUUUUGCUAAUCAAGACCUUUCCAAAGAUAUAUAACACAUGGCUAUGUGAUCUUAUUAAUAUUUUUACUGGGUUGCGAUUGUUUCUGAUCUUCAAGGUUUUGGACCCCAUUCACUUACAUUGUAUGGACAAAAACACCUCACACUGUACAUGCUUCAACAUAUCGUCAUUUGUGUCCUGUAUAAGAAAGAAAGUCAUACGAGUUUGAGACCACGUCCACACGAUGACGUUAGUUUGAUAACUAACGUCAUCGUUUUCCAUUGAAAAUGCAGGAAAACAUCAUUCUAGGGUGAAUAAGUGGCAUAAACGUAGCGAAGUCAAGUGUGGACGUGAUCUUAUUUUUUAUAUAAGAAUAAUCUAUGCUAGAAUAUAUCUGAGACAGCAAUGUGUUUGAAUGGACAACUCAUAACAUGCAAGACUUGAAGUGAGAAAUAGAAACAGAAACAUGGCAAUGCAGAAGAAAGAUGAGGGACACAGACUGUUGCAGGAAGUUUAUAAAUGAUAUAUACAAGAGUUACAGACGAGAAAGAGAGUUAUGACAAAACAAGCACUGAUGACCUAAACAAGUCAAAUAGAGAUGAGUUAGACUGAAGUUCAAACGUGAUGGUGAUGUUUAGACAAGUGACCCUCUUCGCUUCUGCCAAGGCUUCGUAUCUAAGGUCGUAUUACGGUGAUGGGAAAACAUUGUAAGGCACUAAAAAACAACUUGCCUUCAAAUCAGACACAUGCGGACACACUCACAGAGGACCGUCUCGCUGUCGCACAGAUGGGCCUAUCCUAUCUGAUCUUCCGUUGCAUGGGAAAAAUGUCAAUGGCUCCAUGUGAAGGAUGAAAUAUGCCAUGGUAAAUGCUGUGCAGAGAUGGAUUGGCAAACCCAGUGCUAAAUUACUGAAGGUGCACAAUUGGUAAAAGAUAUUUAAAUGACAUUUUUCUUGGCAUGCACAAUGCCUGUGCCGGCCACAGCUGUGGUUCUCACUCUCAUACAUACAGGAAAAAUAAAACUACAUUACCCAUCACCCCCCACCCACUUCACCAGUUCACCCCACACAUUAGCAUGCACACAUGUGUAGUUCUGUUCUGUACAAAGGGACACCACAUGAAGUGGUGUAGCUACUUAGAGGGUGACUUGUUUUGGCAGCACUCAACCAUUGUAGGAAAGCCCUUAUUUAGAGUAAAACAGAAAGCAAAGUAGAGAUACAGAUCGAUCCACUAGGACAUUACGAAACAAAAGACAUGCUCCAGUGUAAGUUGUGUAUCAGUGAUGGUUCACUUGUAAAAGAUUGUUGCAAACAGAAACGAUAUGAGUGAAAAUAAAGCAAAAAGGCAUUGAUGCUGAGAGCAAAAGAGGGUCAGAACCAAACCGAUGAACAAGCAGAGCCAAAGAAUGGUGCACCACUCUUAUAAAAACGCCAAUCUUAUUAAUAUGUCUUGAGCCAAAAUGGGAGCAUCUAUGCUGCAUUUCAGUGUCAUUUCAAGUGUUUUUCGUAAACAAACUGGGGCUAAUAUUAACCAUGCAAAAGGUCUAACUAACAUUCAUGCCUGACAAAAAUGAGCCUUCCUGUCCUUUUGCAAAAGACCUGAGAAAGUAGAACGAUCCCAUCGAUAUUCGAUGCAACAAGCGGGGUGAGACAAAUCAAAAACGGCUGCCAUCCACUUGAAGAAGCAUUGCUAGGAGUGACAGACACCCUGACAACCCUGGUUGUCAUUUCCCUUCAUUACUCUCAGAGUAACUGGGAUCUUCCCCCAUCGUGUAACCGUGCCUCCCUGUCUUUAAAAAGCCCAGUAGACAGCGCAGACAUGGGGACUUGUUAAGGCGUAGUGUGACUUAGUCCAUCACAUUGAGAAAGAGAGAGGGAGAGGGGAAGAGAGGCAGGGGACGGGUUAGUGUGCAACACUAGAACAGAAGGCACUGUGGCUCUGCAGGUUCAUCUGGACCCAUGGGAAUCAAGAGGAGGGUAAAUAGGGGCCAAAUUUCAACAAACACCUAGAAAAAAGUGGUUUCCUCCCUAAAAGUCUUGGAUAUGGGUUGGCAAGGGAACAAAAUGGGAUGAGGACAUCCCAUGUGCUGGGAAUUUUAUCUGACUCUGGGACAGAAUGGAACUAUUCUGAGCUGCUUGUGUCCCAAGACACAAAUAUGAAAUAUAUAUAUGCUCAUCCUCUCUCUUUGCAGCUGCAGUACGGCCAUUUCUAUGUUGAAUAUCAAUUGAAUUUUCGGUAAAAUCUGCUCGGUUUCUUGUAAUUGAAACCUAUUGUAAUGGCAUAUGUUUUGAAAUGAGAGUGAGUCAGCUGGACAGGUUCAAUGACAGUAGGCCACACCCCUGUGAGAUAUACAUAUAUAUAUAUAUAUAUAUCUGUUUCUGGGCUGAUUUGUUGUAUCCUGAGCAGAAGGGGGCAAGGGGUGUCUUAGAUUGAGCAGGCAGCCAAAGACAUACAAGCUGCCCAUGGCAGGAAACAGGAAGGCAGGGUGGAAGAAUCAUUCCCAGUUACUUGGUCAAAGAUGCAUUACCUAAAUUUCACAUCAAAAAUGCCCCAUAAUGGGCUAUGUCGCCUUGUGGGACCAUUCAGCAACUGUAAUAGCGCCCUCUGGCGACUAUAAGUGUACAUGGGAUUGUUUGUCCAUAGUCAAUUCCACGCAACAGCACCACAGAGCGUAAACAACAAAGAGUAAACAACAACAUUCAUCACCCAAAAUACUAACUUGCAUUAGCUCUACAUUAGCUGUGAAAUUAUAAUUCAGGCGGUUAAAAACGGUCAGGGUUAGUUUAGGGAUGAUAUCUCUAUAAAACUGCGCAUAAUUAAUAUGGGAUGAACCCUGAAUUUCAGUGCCAACUUUCCCCUUUUGAAACAUUCAUGAGCUCUGACUCGACCGACUGUUCACUAUUCUCAUCUGAGGUCACAAGUACAUAAACUUCAGGAUGCUAGCGGGACUGCACCCUUAUAGACUUCGAUCAGAGGCAAACAGAACAGAAACAUAAACGCAGGUAAAGGAUGGCCACACCGGACAAAACUCCCCAAAACAAGACGACAAAGUCACAUGGCCACCUCUGUCUUCAUCAGCAUCACCGUCAUCAGUUGCAUUUAAUAUGACUAUUGUUAUUGACAAUAGUAAGGAGAAUUUCUCCCCCUGUUUCUCUCUCUGUUUGCAGCCAUGGCUGACGGAGCACUUUUUAGUGCAAUCCAAGGUAAUAAUAAACAGUGCAGGACAUCAUCUGGGAUCCUCAGAUGCAUAUAAAGUAGAAAAUACCUUCUUUAUCUAGAAAGGUCUUUCAGAAUCUAUAAACUCCAUCUGCACAUUGAAAGAUUGGUAGACAUGGUGAAAGCAACAGAGAGAAAAU